GUAUCGUUAAUUGAAGACGAUGAGGAGACAAACAACGAAGGCUCUUCUUGCCAACAGGAAGCAAUGGAGGACGAGAGCGCAACACUUCCUUCAAGAGAAAUCAAUGAAGUUGCGCCUAAUCAACAUUUGAAUUCAUUUAAUUUACGAAAUGUAUCCAUGGCGGCAAAGGAUCGGGUGCACGAUUUUGCCCUCGAUCUAGCGAAUACAACCUCAUCACAGCCUGAUACUUCCAGCCACCUGAAUCAAUCCAAGUCACCUGCAAGUGAAUCAGCGAUAUUUCUGGAGUUUGGUCCAGAUCCAGUGAACGAAGAAUCUUUCAGCUACCCGGAGAGAGUUUCCAUGCUAUCACCUAUGUACCAUGGUAAAUUGAUGUUCCAUCCGCAUAUUUGCAAUCGUUAGAACACCGUUUAUCGGUUUAAACUAAUAGCACACGAAGAUAUAACGAAAGUCAAUACUUUUUUUCGAAUCUAUAAAAUACAGGUGUACGUGUAAUGUUUCAAGUGCAGACACAAUAUCGUUACACCUCUCGAUGUAACAACCAUACACCCAACCACUUAUAAGCAUGACAAGGCUUGAGUAUCUAACUGAUAUAAUUUUUAAGAUGCGAUGUUUUGAUCCACAGAGUCUGAAGAGAUUCUUAAAAUGAAUGACAUCAGUCCGUGGAGAGGUCUGCAAGUAACACCAAAUGACACUAUGGACAUUAGUCCUGGACACCAUCUGAGUAAAAGCUUCUUCUCUCACCCUAAAGAUUUGGCGAUGUUCUUUCCCUCUACCGAAAAAAUCCAGGAGGCCGAAUCAACAAUACUUGCAAACGAAAUCUCUCCCUGGAGAGGCUUGCCAACUGCGUCGAUGUCAGGUUAGUAAUCCUUUUUACUAUUUUAAUCACAAUUUUUUGUGGCAACUGGAUACCGCUAUCAAUUUUUUCUAUAAAAUGCAAAUAUAAGAAACAAUAAAAUAUUCUGUAAAAGUCUUUCCGCUCGCGGUGUUUCACGCCCGUUAACUUCACAGGAAAUGUAUGAGUGGCUUUUGCUGAACACGAUAUUAGAGUGUAUCAAAAAGGAAAAAAAUUACGUUUGAGAGCAUAAAUAACUGUUGAGACAACAGAACUUUACCGGUGGAAAGCGCGACUAUGAGAACACAUCGUCAGCAUUUCAUAAGCGUACCAUGUUAGAGUGAGGAAAUUUUCUUCAGUUUUGGACAAGUAAGGUUUUUGGAGAGUAUUCAAAUUAGGAGUUUUAAUGUAAGCGCGUUUCCGUUCGGUGGUGUGUGCGUGUGUUUUUUUUGGCCAAGGGGUUUUCUGUUAAUGCUUUCGAAUAAUAACUUAAACAAAACAAAGAAUUCAAAAAGUUCAAACCUUUUAAUUCACAACCUAGCAGAGAUAUCUGCACCCCAGGUAAAUGCAUCUCAGGAAAUGGGUGAUGUUGAUAUGGAGAAGGCUAAGGAGAACUACAAAACUACUGGGGACUCUUGGGCAAACUCUCAUGUAUCGUUAACUGAAGACGAUGAGGAGACAAACAACGAAGGCUCUUCUUGCCAACAGGAAGCAAUGGAGGACGAGAGCGCAACACUUCCUUCAAGUGAGAUCAAUGCAGUUGCGCCUGAUCAGCAUUUGAAUUCAUUUCCUUCACCAGAUGUAUCCAUGUUGGCAAAGAAACGGGUGCACGAUUUUGUUCUCGAUGUUGUGAAUACAACCUCAUCACAGCUUGAUACUUCCAGCCACCUGCAUCAAUCCAAGCCACCAGGUCCAGAUCCAGUGAGCGAAGAAUCUUCCAGAUACCCAGAGAAAGUUUUAAUUCUAUCACUUAAGGAAAACGAUUCAUCGGAGACAACGAUGAUGUCUUCAGGUAACUCAAAAUUAUCUUUAGGAAGUGAUGUGAAAACAGGUAGUAAUAACUUUUUCCCUUGCGGGAUAGUUUGAUUAUCCAUAUCAGUACUCGAUCAACAUUUCUACAUCAAGUUAUUUCAAGAUACAAAGCGUUAUAACAAACCCGUGUUUAGCAUUUGUUUAAGUUCUGUUACAUUAUAUAAUGCGUUCCAUGGUAAAUCGAUGUUUCAUCCGCAGAUUUGCAACUGUUAACGCCGUUUAUCGAUUAAAACUAAUAGCGUCUAAAGAGAUAACGAAAGUCAAUACCUUUCUUUCCGAUCUGUUGUAUACAGAUGUACCCCACGUGUGUGCUUCUCCCGUAUGGGAGAUACACGAAACAGGGUGCCCUCCAUCGUCUUCUGCACAGACUCCUGUUACUCACUCCUGGAGUUCCACAUUGACAUCUGGAAGAUCGAUAGAUAUUGGUCUCAAAACAACCUGUGCUACACCUGCUGAAAACAAAACUCCCGGCGAAACUGCAGCAACGUCCUCGGAUGGCUCGAUAAUAACUGAUUUGAAUACUACCGAUAUGCCAUCCUUCCGCUGCAAAUCAGGGACUUCAGCUAAAAAGGAAAGUUGUGACUUCGGCACAUCAGCAACAUCCUCAGAUGUUGAUGCAAAUCAAGUCAUAACAAAAUCCUCCAGGUUUGCUGACAUUUUUUCGCCAUCCCUAAAUGAAUUCAAAGAACAGGAGUCAACAGGGGACUCUCUCAGUCACUCAAGAGUGUCGUUGAGAAUUGAUGAGGUGGAAGCCAGACAGAAUUCCAGUGCAUGCGUAAGGAGAAGCGAGAGUCCAUCGAAAAAUACACAGAGUCAUGACAAGGGCUCCGUUAAUCCACUCACAAACUCACUAGGAUUAAAACAAAGUGAUUUCGAGAACACUAGCAUCAUCUCCUGUUGCUGCGAUGGAAAAGCAUACAUUGAAAAUGAAGCUAGUCCAUCUUGCUCGAAAUCCUUCGGCUUCGUUGCAAAGAUGUCAACUGGACUGGAAAAUUCCAACCUGGUGUCUAAAAGUGAGUAUAGCAUUAAUACCAAGGAGAUGUCAAUGGUCUCUAGAUUUUUUAUUUUGAAAAAGCUUAUUGUCUGUCAACAUUCUAAGUUUUCUUGGGAACUAGAGAAAACGAAGAGUGCUUUUCCACCCGGUGAGAAAUAUCGUUAUUUGCAAAUUCUCAUAAACCAUAGGCAAACUCAAGAUUUCCAUUAUUAAAAACAUUAGGUAUGAAAAUUCCCAUUAAAAAGAAUCUUUACUGCCGUUGUAUUGAUCUUAGGUUAAUUUCAGGUUUAAAAAUAUGAAUAUUAUCCACAAGUAGUUGACUUCUCCUUUUUAACUUUUAAGGAAGCAAAAGGAAACGAAAGCGCGGCGCACCUGAAUGUUCUAACGUAGAAUCUGUUGAGCCUUUGCGAAAAUCCCCACGUUUUGCCAUGGAGACAGGGGAAAAUCAAACCGAGUCACCUUUAAUAAAGGUGAAGAUUGAGCAUCAGCAUCCACCCGCAGAGGACUUGGGUGACCCGACUGACGCAGCAACAUCUGCAAAGAAAAGAUCAUCUCCCAAAGCUAAAGGUUAAGUAGAGUAGGCUUUUGACUUCUCUUAACAGGAUCACGAUUUGUGUUCACGUUCUUUUCUAGUUUUAUCGUUUACUUAAAAAUAUUCACUCGUUCCUCAAGAACCCGCGAUUCGAUACUUUUUAGAUUCUAAAAUAGUGACAUUAGGUAUGGGUGGUUGACUCUGUAUUUCCAAAUGACAGGAAAGACCAGAAAACGGAAGCGCAGUGUUCGAGAAAGUUCAGAUAUAUCUGAUAAACCAUUGCAAAAUUUUCCAUGGUUAGAAACAAAUGAACCUCAAGUUGUGUCUCCACAAGCUGAAGGUGAGAAAGAACAAGUUUUUGACUUACCUACCUUAAUGGGGCGUGUUUAGUUUUGUAUCUACCGUUGACUGAGAUAUUUUAUUAAUAUGUAUCUCAACAAACCGCAAGUUGAUUUUACCAAUUUUUAAUCACCUAAUAAUAUCAUCGGACAAAAUCAUGUGGGCGAUUAUCCCCUGGAUGUCACUGGAGGAUGAUGUUAAGCUAUGCAAAAACGACACCUUCAACAGCGUCCAGACUGGACCACUCCUCCGGUAUCCAAAUGAAUGACUGAUUUAAGUGACGUCAGUAAUGUCACGUCCACCCCGAAUGUUAUGGGAUCCCAGUGUGAAUAAGUAUUAUUAUGGUUGGGUAAUUUCAAUGUUCCUAUCAUUUUUUUUUAUAUUUAGAGCCGCGAGUUAAAGUGGAAGUUCCGCAAAGUCCAGAAGCCUUGGAGUACGCUCAUUUCUGCCUCAGAAAUGCUUAUCACGCACUCCUUGGUGCCACGGCAAAAAAUGUAACCAUCCAACCUCAGGUUAACACAGCU